AUGUGCAGUGAGAGAGAGACCAAAGGCCAGUUUCUCAUAGAUCAUGUUUGCAAUCACUACUGUUUGCUAGAAAAAGACUAUUUUGGCAUUCGCUAUGUGGAUUCUGAAAAACAGCGGCAUUGGCUUGAGCCCAAUAAAUCUAUCUUCAAGCAAAUGAAAUCUCAUCCACCAUAUACCAUGUGCUUUAGAGUGAAAUUCUACCCGCAUGAACCCCUGAAGAUUAAGGAAGAGCUUACCAGGUACCUUUUAUACCUCCAAAUCAAAAGAGAUAUUUUCCAUGGCCGUUUGCUUUGUGGGUUUUCUGAUGCUGCUUACCUGGGAGGAUGCAUUAUUCAAGCUGAAUUAGGUGAUUAUGAUUCUGACGAACAUGUGGAUAAUUAUGUCAGUGAAUUUAAGAUCUUCCCUAAACAAUCUCAAAAGCUGGAAAGAAAAAUUGGUGAAAUACAUAAAAAUGAAUUCAGGGGUCAGAGUCCAGCUAUUGCUGAAUUUAAUUUAUUAUUAAGAGCACAUUCUUUAGAAACCUAUGGUGUUGAUCCUCAUCCUUGCAAGGAUUCAACUGGGACUACAACAUUUUUAGGAUUCACAGCUACAGGUUUUGUGGUAUUCCAGGGAAAUAAAAGGAUACAUUUGCUAAAAUGGUAA